AUGAUCCAAUCCCCGCUCGAAAAAGCUGAGCAUUUAAUCCAAUCACUUGAUCAAUACGGCCAAGGUGACUACAUCGGCGAGUCUAUCAGCCAACUCGAACACUGUCUCCAAGCUGCUCACCAGGCCCAAAAGUCUGGAGCAAGGAAUGACCUUAUCAUUGCGGCUCUCCUGCACGACAUCGGCCAAAUUAUCCCUCUCGAAGCGACAAAAGAAGCAAGGAUGAACCUCAAGAACAGUACUGAAAAUGUCGGACGUGUAGGCCAUGAGUCUAUAGGUGCAGAGUAUCUGCGAUCUCUUGGGUUUAGCCAGAAUGUAUGUGGACUCGUUGAGAGUCACGUCGCAGCAAAAAGGUAUCUUACCGCGGUGAACCAUUCAUACUAUGAUUCUUUAUCCUCUGCCUCGAAAAAGUCACUCGAAUUCCAAGGAGGGCCAUUUACAGGACCCGAGCUUGCGGCUUUCGAUCAAAAUCCACUACGAAAUGAAAUGGUGGCACUUCGCCUUUGGGACGAUGCCGCUAAAGUCCCGGGUAUUGAAGCCUCGACGCCGCGAGCGAGAGAGUAUUUGAAUUUGAUAGUGGCUCAUUUAGAGGAGCAAUAA